UGAAGGAUAGCAUAAGGUCUUGAGGCAUUCUGAUUAAUAAUGCCAUAUUUAUGGUACAGGGAAUGUGUAAAUCGGUCAUUUUUGAUCGGAGCAGUGUUAGAAGGUUAAGAAAUCUGCAAGUUGUAAAAGGUUGCUGUUAGGCUACAAUAUCCUUGGCACUAAGGUCCACAAAUACGCAUUCAGUGUUGUUGUUAUUGAAUGCGACUGGUACAGAGAAGAGGGUCAGGAAGCACAGAUUGCACACUAUUUAUAGUUUGGAAACAGCUCACGUUCUUAGCUGACUGGCAGAUUUUUUUUUUUUUAUCAAGCGCUUCAAGCCUGGAUGCAGAAAUAAUUGACACACAAAUAUAAUCUUUAUAUUAAUAUGAUAAAAAGCCAUCACGAGACUCAACGUUGCCAUACGAGCCUCGCACCCUGAGAAUUUCCAUUACGCACAGGAGAGCGCUCACAUGCCUUCUGGACGAGCCCUAGAAAGGAGCAGCGCGCAGGGAGAGCCUUGGUGACGGCAGUGAAACACGAGCUCCUGGCAUAAUUUAUCACCGUUGAAAUUAACUUCUUAGAUUUCCAUGCAUGCAUGCAUACAAUCUAUUAAUAUUAUAUUAUCAUGUCAUGGUUCGCGUCUUCCUUCCAGUGCUCCACAGAUGGAGCAGGAGUGUCAAAAAGUUCAAGACUCCCUCCAGUAAAGUCCUUUUGAAUUUUUGGUCUGAAUAUAUUUUCAGCUGAACAUUGGAGCAUUCCCACCAUGGCCGCAGCACCCUGAGGGGAGAUGGAUUUAGAGGUGAAGGAUGAGAACGGGUCGAGUUGUGUCUCCCGGAAUGAGAGCGAGCGAGGACUGAGCGCUUCCUCCGCCGGAGUGUCCACUGCGCUGGCCAGCGUGCUGAUCUUCACCAUCGUGGUAGACAUCCUGGGCAAUGUCCUCGUCAUCUUGUCCGUGUACAGGAACAAAAAGCUCAGAAAUGCAGGCAACAUCUUUGUGGUAAGUUUAUCCGUAGCAGACCUGGUGGUGGCGUUGUACCCUUACCCUCUGGUCCUGAUAGCCAUCUUCAACAAUGACUGGACCAUGGGCGACCUGCACUGCCAGGCCAGCGGCUUCAUCAUGGGCCUAAGCGUCAUCGGCUCCAUCUUCAACAUCACGGCCAUCGCCAUCAACCGGUACUGCUACAUCUGCCACAGCCUCCACUACGACCGCCUGUACAGCCUGAGGAACACCUGCUGCUACCUUGGCCUCACCUGGCUGCUCACCGCCCUCGCCACUGUGCCCAACUUCUUUGUCGGCUCUCUGCAGUACGACCCUCGCAUCUACUCCUGCACCUUCGCCCAGACGGUCAGCUCAUACUACACCAUCUCAGUGGUGAUUAUUCACUUUCUGAUCCCGCUGCUGGUGGUGUCCUACUGCUACAUGAGGAUAUGGGUGCUGGUGAUUCAAGUCAAACAUCGGGUUAAACCAGACCAAGGGACCAAACUCAAACCUAGUGAUGUGAGGAACUUCCUUACUAUGUUUAUGGUGUUUGUGUUGUUUGCAGUGUGCUGGGCUCCACUGAACCUCAUAGGCCUGGCUGUAGCUAUAAAUCCCACAAAGGUUGAGCCAUACAUACCUGAGUGGCUCUUUGUCACAAGCUACUUUAUGGCGUACUUCAACAGCUGCCUCAACGCCGUCAUAUAUGGACUACUAAACCAAAACUUCCGUAAGGAAUACAAGACAAUCCUCCUUUCUCUUUGCAUCCCUCGUUUGCUCCUCAUGGAGACCUCCAGGUGUGCCACAGAGGGACUGAAGAGUAAGCCUUCUCCAGCUGUAACCAACAACAACAACAACAACGUAGCAGAGAUAAAUGUAUGAACUUAAUGUUUCACUGGGAAACUCAGAUUCAGUUUCUCUGGAGCCUCAUUGUGAACGUGUGCCAUGAUUUAUUCAGUGCCUUGUCACAAGAUGUGUUUCGUUUUCCAGUUGUAAAGAUGUAAUUGUGUUAAGAGGACAGUGCUACACAUGUACAGUGUCAGACACUGUUCCCUCAUGUAGAGAGAACAAAAAUGAAUUGUAUCCCCGCUACAUUGCGCUCCUUGGUGACCCUGCACUCUAUUUAAAGACAGACCAUCUGGUUCACAAGCAAGAAAACAAACAGGUAACUUGUCACCAAAAGAACAUUCAGACCAUGGAGGGCAUGGAGGUCUUUAAUACAACGAGCAGAGCCGUCGCAGGGGGGGUGCGAGGCAUUGUGCCAACUUAACGUGCGAGGCCCUGCUCAUUGACAUACACCGUGAUCCAUGCGCAAGAAUCACUGUCAACCCGCGGGGACUGCCAUUAUUCAGACAGCUAUAUAGUCAUAUCUUGAGUGUGUGUGUAUGUGUGUGUGUGUAUAUUCUGGUCUGUCUUGCUGUGUGCACGUCUUAAGUGUGGACGUACGGCCUCUGUCAAUGUUGCUGAAACACGUGCCAAAAUAGAUGAUGAAAAGCAUUGUCACAGAGAUAGUUGUAUUUGUAUUUUGAUAUUAAGAGUAGAGAUGCACCAAUUGACCGGCCGGUGACCGGAAUUGGCCGAUUUUCACAUGACCGGCCAUGACCAGCGACCUGCCGGUCAGUCUGACAUAUGCCGAUUUUAUGCCGGUCAAAUGCACUCGGGCGCCGCAUGAUUAACAUCGCGCAACAUGAGCGCACCGCCGCUCAAUCAGCUGUUU